GCCGCGGCGGGAAGUUGGAAAGUCUUCGGUUCCGUUUCGAAGAUGCGGGACGACCGUGACGUCAUGAACCACCGCGCGGCGCGCGUCUUCUCCUCCGUCUUCUUGUCCGUCUUCUUGUCGCUCCUCGCCGGGUCGCGCGGGGCUGACGAGGACGUCCAAGUGGUGGUCUUCCUGCCCCGGAACGACUCCUACCUCUUCUCCUACGCGCGGGUGGCGCCGGCGGUGCUUUACGCGCAGGCGAGGCUACAGGCGGCGGGCGCGCCUUUCUCCGGCGUCCGCUUCGACGUCCGCUUCGACGACUCGGACUGCGCCAACGACGCCGUCUUCCGCCUGCUGGAGCGCGCCUGCGCCGCCCGGCCGGACUUAAUCCUGGGUCCGGUGUGCGAGUACGAGGCGGCGGCGGUGGUGCGGCUGGCGUCGCACUGGAACAUCCCGGUGAUCACGGCGGGCGCCCUGGCCGCCGCCUUCCGGGACAAGACGGGCGAGUUCUCGCACCUGACGCGCAUCGCUCCGUCCUACAGCAAGAUGGCCGAGGUCUUCCGCGCCAUCUUCACCAUGUUCUCCUGGACCAGCGCCCUGCUGGUCUACGAGGACGACAAGGUGGACCGGGACUGCUUCUUCACGGUGGAGGGCAUCUACCACCUCAUGGACGACGUCAGCGUCCAGACCUACUCGGUGGCCGGCCGAGACCACCUGGACCCGGAGGACAUCGUCCAGAACAUGUUGGACACCCAAGUCAUCAUCUUCUGCAUGGACGCCAACAACAUCAGAGAAAUAAUGCUAGCUGCUCACAGGAGACGUCUGACCAGCGGAACUCACAUGUUCUUUAACAUCGAACUCUUCAACGCCUCAUCUUACGGCAACGGUUCGUGGCAGCGAGGAGACAAGAUGGACGACGCCGCUCGACAAGCCUACGCAUAUUUGAACACGGUGACGCUGCUGAGGACGCUCAAGCCCGACUUUGAGAACUUCUCUGUGGAAAUGAAGAAGGCCAGCGAAGGACUCGGACUCAAACACUGCAGCGACUGUGCAACUGUCAACAUGUUUGUGGAAGGAUUCCACGAUGCUUUGCUGCUUUACGCCGUGGCUCUGCAUGAUGCCAUGAAGCAAGGUUACAGUAAGAAGAAUGGAAGUCAAAUCAUAUCUCACAUGUGGAACACCACUUUUGAAGGUAUCGCUGGCCAGGUGUCCGUGGACGCCAACGGGGACAGAAACGGCGACUUCUCCUUGAUGGCGAUGACCGACACCGAGGCAGGAACUUAUGAGGUGGUUGCCAAUUACUUUGGUGUAAAUGAAAGUUUGGAGCUGCUGUCCAACUUCAAACAUCAACACUUCACUCUGGAACAAAUACAGAGAAGUCAUCCUGACAUCUCAGACACUUCAUGUGGACUUAGAUUGUCAGCUUUGACCGGCGUCAUCGUGGGAACUGUUCUGGGAACUGUUAUGCUCAUAGUUUACUACUUUUUCAGGAAAAACUACCGGAUAAGCAUCGAGCGGCGCGCACUGGCGGAGGACUGUGGCGCGGGGAAGCACCGGCAGCUGCGAGAGGACUCCAUCAGAUCCCACUUCUCAGCCGCGUGAACGUUGGGUGAACGUGUCGUACUUCUCUCAGGACCACGAGGCGAGUCUCCAAGCAGCGCUCUGGUUUCUCUCCUCACCAGCGACUCUUUGACCACUGCUGUCUCUUUAACUAUAUACACUGUCCACAAGAUGGCGGGUUUUAGGACCACGUUUUUUUAUUUUUUUAUACCAAAGUCAUUGACAUGCUAGGCUGUAGGCUACUAGGUGCAGCUACACCGCGGCUAAGCUCGCGAGGCAUCAUCGGUGACAUGAGUCGAUAUAUAAGCAACUAUCAAAUAAUUACUCACACCUACAAAACGUCUUCAAGGCAAAGUAUCCAGUAACAGAAGUGUCAGCAUCAUCCAACUUGGAUUAUUGUGGUGUCACUCAAGAAAACACUAUCACCACUCCAGUUCAACUUAAAGACAGCAUAAGUCCAUUCCAGACAGUCAAUAAUAAAUAUGUUAGUUUUUGUUUCCAGUUCAACUUAAAGACAGCAUAAGUCCAUUCCAGACAGUUAAUAAUAAAUAUGUUAGUUUUUGUUUCCAGUUCAAUUUAAAGACAGCGUAAGUCCAUUCCAGACAGUUAAUAAUAAAUAUGUUAGUUUUUUUGUUCUCUGUUUGACUUAAUUGAAACACAAUCACCACUACAGUUCAACUUAAAGACAUCAUAAGUCCAUUCCAGACAGUUAAUAAUAAAUAUUUGUUCUUUGUUUGACUUAAUUGAAACACAAUCACCACUCUAGUUCAACUUAAAGACAGCAUAAGUCCAUUCCAGGAAGUUAAUAAUAAAUAUGUUAGUUUUUGUUUCCAGUUCAACUUAAAGACAGCAUAAGUCCAUUCCAGGCAGUUAUUAAUAAAUAUGUUAGUUUUUGUUCUUUGUUUGACUUAAUUCAAACACAAUCACCACUCCAGUUCAACUUAAAGACAGCAUAAAUCCAUUCCAGACAGUUAAUAAUAAAUAUGUUACUUUUUGUUCUUUAUUUGACUUAUUGAAACACAAUCACCACUCCAGUUCAACUUAAAGACAGCAUAAGUCCAUUCCAGGAAGUUAAUAAUAAAUAUGUUAGUUUUUGUUUCCAGUUCAACUUAAAGACAGCAUAAGUCCAUUCCAGACUGUUAAUAACAAAUAUGUUAGUUUUUGUUCUUUGUUUGACUUAAUUGAAACACAAUCACCACUCCAGUGCAACUUAAAGACAGCAUAAGUCCAUUCCAGACAGUUGAUAAUGAAUAUGUUAGUUUUUGUUCUUUGUUUGACUUAAUUCAAACACAAUCACCACUGCAGUUCAACUUAAAGACAGCAUAAAUCCAUUCCAGACAGUUAAUAAUAAAUAUUUGUUCUCUGUUUGACUUAAUUGAAACACAAUCACCACUCUAGUUCAACUUAAAGACAGCAUAAGUCCAUUCCAGACAGUUAAUAAUAAAUAUUUGUUCUCUGUUUGACUUAAUUGAAACACAAUCACCACUCUAGUUCAACUUAAAGACACCAUAGGUUCAUUCAAAGAAGUUAAUAAUAAUUAGGUUAGUUUUUGUUUCCAGUUCAACUUAAAGACAGCAUAAGUCCAUUCCAGGAAGUUAAUAAUAAAUGUUAGUUUUUGUUUCCAGUUCAACUUAUAGACAGCAUAAGUCCAUUCCAGACAGUUAAUAACAAAUAUGUUAGUUUUUGUUCUCUGUUUGACUUAAUUGAAACACAAUCACCACUCCAGUUCAACUUAAAGACAGCAUAACUCCAUUCCAGGAAGUUAAUAAUAAAUAUUUUAGUUUUUGUUUCCAGUUCAACUUUUUGACAGCAUAAGUCCAUUCCAGACAGUUAAUAACAAAUAUGUUAUUUUUUGUUCUUUGUUUGACUUAAUUGAAACACAAUCACCACUCCAGUUCAACUUAAAGACAGCAUAAGUCCAUUCCAGACAGUUAAUAAUAAAUAUGUUAGUUUUUGUUUCCAGUUCAACUUAAAGACAGCAUAAGUCCAUUCCAGACAAUUAAUAAUAAAUAUGUUAGUUUUUGUUUCCAGUUCAACUUAACGACAGUAUAAGUCCAUUCCAGGAAGUUAAUUAUAAAUAUGUUAGUUUUUGUUUCCAGUUCAACUUAAAGACAGCAUAAGUCCAUUCCAGACAGUUAAUAAUGUGUUAUAUGUGAAUAUGUUAGUUUUUUUCUUUGUUUGACAUAAUUCAAACACAAUCACCACUACAGUUCAACUUAAAGACGGCAUGAGGCUAUUCCAGGCAGUUAAUAAUAAAUAUGUUAGUUUUUGUUCUUUGUUUGACUUAAUUCAAACACAAUCACCACUCCAGCUCAAUUUAAAGACACCAUAAGUCCAUUCCAGGAAGUUAAUAACAAAUAUAUCAGUUUUUGUUUCCAGUUCAAUUUAAAGACAGCAUAAGUCCAUUCCAGACAGUUAAUGAUAAAUAUGUUAGUUUUUUUGUUCCCUGUUUGACUUAAUUGAAACACAAUCACCACUCCAGUUCAACUUAAAGACAGUAUAAGUCCAUUCCAGGAAUUUAAUAAUAAAUAUGUUAGUUUUUGUUUCCAGUUCAACUUGAAGACAGCAUAAAUCCAUUCCGGACAGUCAAUAACAAAUAUGUUAGUUUUUGUUCUCUGUUUGACUUAAUUGAAACACUAUCACCACUCCAGUUCAACUUAAAGACAGCAUAAGUCCAUUCCAGACAGUUAAUAAUAAAUAUGUUAGUUUUUGUUUCCAGUUCAACUUAAAGACAGCAUAAGUCCAUUCCAGACAGUCAAUAAUAAAUAUGUUAGUUUUUGUUCUUUGUUUGACUUAAUUCAAACACAAUCACCACUCCAGUUCAACUUAAAGAAAACAUAAGUCCAUUCCAGACAGUCAAUAAUAAAUAUGUUAGUUUUUGUUCUUUAUUUGACUUGAUUAAUUAAUUAAUUAAUAGUAUAAUUGUAUAAUAUAUAGUAUAAUUGAAACACAAUCACCAGUCCAGUUCAACUUAUAGACAGCAUAAGUCCAUUCCAGGAAGUUAAUCAUUAAUAUGUUAGUUUUUGUUUCCAGUUCAACUUAUAGACAGCAUAAGUCCAUUCCAGACAGUUAAUAAUAAAUAUGUUAGUUUUUGUUUCCAGUUCAACUUAAAGACAGCAUAAGUCCAUUCCAGACAGUCAAUAAUAAAUAUGUUAGUUUUUGUUCUUUGUUUGACUUAAUUCAAACACAAUCACCACUCCAGUUCAACUUAAAGAAAACAUAAGUCCAUUCCAGACAGUCAAUAAUAAAUAUGUUAGUUUUUGUUCUUUAUUUGACUUGAUUAAUUAAUUAAUUAAUAGUAUAAUUGUAUAAUAUAUAGUAUAAUUGAAACACAAUCACCAGUCCAGUUCAACUUAUAGACAGCAUAAGUCCAUUCCAGGAAGUUAAUCAUUAAUAUGUUAGUUUUUGUUUCCAGUUCAACUUAUAGACAGCAUAAGUCCAUUCCAGGAAGUUAAUCAUUAAUAUGUUAGUUUUUGUUUCCAGUUCAACUUAAAGACAGCAUAAGUCCAUUCCAGACAGUUAAUAACAAAUAUGUUAGUGUUUGUUCUCUGUUUGACUUAAUUGAAACACAAUCACCACUCCAGUUCAUUUUAAAGACAGCAUAAGUCCAUUCCAGGAAGUUAAUAAUAAAUAUGUUAAUUUUUGUUCUUUUUUUGACUUAAUUGAAACACAAUCACCACUCCAGUUCAUUUUAAAGACAGCAUAAGUCCAUUCCAGGAAGUUAAUAAUAAAUAUGUUAAUUUUUGUUCUUUUUUUGACUUAAUUGAAACAUAAUCCCCACUCCAGUUCAACUUAAAGACAGCAUAAGUCCAUUCCAGGAAGUUAAUAAUAAAUAUGUUAGUUUUUGUUUCCAGUUCAACUUAAAGACAGCAUAAGUCCAUUCCAGACAGUUAAUAAUAAAUAUGUUAGUUUUUGUUCUUUGUUUGACUUAAUUCAAACACAAUCACCACUCCAGUUCAACUUAAAGACAGCAUAACUCCAUUCCAGGAGGUUAAUAAUAAAUAUGUUGGUUUUUGUUCGGUGUUUUAUUUAAUUGACUUGUUAAGACCUUUCCUAACAUCCCACACUACAUACAAAAAUACAAUAUAAACAAUUCCUGCUGAUAUAAUCAAAUAAAAUGGAGACUCCAAGUAUUUACUGUAUAUUGUUUUGUUCCAAGGUGUUUAUUUAAAUAUUUAAUCAGUGCCAAAAUAGUUUGGUGUACUACUGUAGUACUACACUCUGAUACUGCAUGAAAUACUGUAUUUGUAUGCUGGAGCACAAACGUGAGUUUUUUUAUUUUUUUAUUUUUAUUUUUCUGUUUUAUUCCUGCUGAUUUUGUGAAUUCUCUUUUGAUGAAUAUGUUUUGUUUUUUAUGUUAGUUUUAUUUGAAGCUAGCGCCUGAAUGUACACUCAAAGGUGGAAUAAAGUCGAUACUUCGUUUGUG